CGUGCCGCCGGCGCCAAUUCAAGUUGAAAGCCCACCCGGUCGGAUGAAGCGGCGGCUGACCACUACGCCACUUACACGCUCCUCCCGGCACUGAACAAUCCCCGGGAGAAGAAUUAAACCUUUUUGGUUAUUAUUACUAUGGGAUCAGCCCUUGUUCUCCAGAUGCCGCUUUGCAAAACCCUCCUGAAACCCUAGUUCCUCACAAAAAUCCCCAAUUGUUCCUCCCAACACUUGACAGCUUCUCAGGAGAAAAGACAUAACAAUGGCACAGCCAUCAGUUGUGUUAGCAACAGCUAGCUAUGAUCACACUAUUCGGUUCUGGGAGGCAAAAAGUGCCCGCUGUUACCGGACUAUCCAAUACCCAGAAUCACAAGUCAAUCGGCUUGAGAUUACACCAGAUAAACUUUACUUGGCUGCAGCAGGCAACCCUCACAUCCGAUUGUUUGACAUCAAUUCUAACAGCCCUCAGCCUAUACAAAGCUUUGAUUCACACACUAACAAUGUUAUGGCAGUAGGGUUUCAAUGUGAUGGAAAUUGGAUGUAUUCUGGUUCUGAAGAUGGCACAGUAAAGAUUUGGGAUUUGAGGGCACCAGGGUUUCAGAGAGAAUAUGAGAGUCGUGCAGCUGUCAACACAGUUGUUUUGCAUCCAAACCAGACUGAGCUUAUAUCUGGUGAUCAGAAUGGAAAUAUUCGAGUAUGGGACUUGAAAGCAAAUGCAUGCAGCUGCGAGUUGGUUCCUGAGGUGGAUACUGCUGUUAGGUCUCUGACUGUAAUGUGGGAUGGAAGCUUGGUUGUGGCUGCAAAUAAUAAUGGAAUAUGUUAUGUUUGGCGCUUAUUGCGUGGAACCCAGACUAUGACCAACUUUGAGCCACUGCAUAAGUUACCAGCACAUGAUGGAUACAUUCUCAAAUGUCUCCUUUCCCCUGAGUUGUGUGAGCCUCACCGGUAUCUGGCAACAGCAUCUUCUGAUCAUACUGUCAAAAUAUGGAACGUGGAUGGAUUUACCUUGGAGAAAACUCUCAAAGGACAUGAGCGAUGGGUUUGGGACUGUGUUUUCUCCGUGGAUGGUGCUUUUCUAAUCACAGCUUCUUCUGACACAACGGCGAGAUUAUGGUCCAUGUCCAAUGGUAAAGAGAUCAAAGUGUACCAAGGGCACCAUAAAGCAACAGUGUGCUGUGCCCUCCAUGAUGGCCCUGUACCCUCUUCUUGCUGAAUGAGGAUUGGCUUCUAUCAUCUUUAUAUAUUCUGGGUGGAGUCUUUUGCCUGUUCUUCUUUCUGGUCUCUUUGUGAUCAGUUAGUUAUCUUCUUGUAUGAAUAUGGAUAAAAUAUUUGUAUAGGUUCUGAAUAAAUUGCUGGUAUGAUUAUUUACACAACAAUGUUUCACAUUCUCAGUUCUCUCAAUUAAAGCCAUUUUGAAAA